CAAAUAUUGAUGAUAUAUAUGUGAUAUGUUGAUUAUGUUGAAAGCAAAUAUUUCAUCAUUAGAAUUAAUUAAUAAUUAUAUGUAGAUGUACUAUAGUUAAAUGCCUUAAUGCUUUAUUUAGAAAAAUAAUAACAUAACCAAAAAAAAAAAAAGAACGAAAAAGAAAAAGGAAAAAGCUUUCUCUUCUCUUCUCGAUUGUCUCCUAUUCGGUUCCGGUGAUGGAGCUUUCUCUAACUCUCUCUUCCCCCAAACCCAAUCUUUCCAUACGCCCUCUCUCAACACCAACAGAUUCAAGAGCAAAACUUUGUCAAUGGGAUCUAUUUUCACUCAAAACAAUGGGACACCCUUUAUUUUCCCAUCAUCAUCAUCACACUCUUUCACUGUCUCGGAACAAUAACUAUGUUAUUUAUUGUCAAAAGAAGGAGUCUUUAGCAGUAGAGGGCAGCUCUAUUGAAGACGUCUAUGAUGCCUUAGCAAAACGUCUUGUUCCAACAGCUGCAGUUACAGCUGACCCCAAUUUCAAAUAUAUUGUUGGUCUGGCUGGUCCUCCUGGUGCUGGAAAGACUACUCUAGCAUCAGAAGUGGUGAAACGGGUAAACAAAUUAUGGCCACAGAAAGCUUCUUCGUUGGAUUCUCAAGUUAACCCUCCUGAUGUUGCUGCUGUUCUUCCCAUGGACGGCUUCCAUCUCUAUCGCUCCCAGCUGGAUGCAAUGGAGAAUCCAAAGGAAGCUCAUGCAAGAAGGGGAGCUCCAUGGACAUUUAACCCCGAGUUACUUCUUACAUGUCUCAAGACUCUGAAAACUCAGGGAUCAGUUUCUGUACCGUCAUUUGACCAUGGCGUUGGAGAUCCAGUAGAAGAUGAUAUUUUUGUGACCCUUGAGCACAAAGUGGUGAUAGUAGAAGGAAAUUAUAUAUUCUUGGAAGAUGGUUCAUGGAAGGAAAUAUCAUCGAUCUUCGAUGAGAAAUGGUUCAUUGACAUUGACAUUGACAAAGCUAUGCAAAGAGUAUUAAAGAGACAUAUCUCAACAGGAAAACCUCCCGAUGUAGCUAAAUGGAGGAUACAGUACAACGACCGCCCAAAUGCAGAGCUGAUAAUAAAGUCAAAGAGGAAUGCAGAUUUGAUAAUCCACUCAGUUGAUUUCCAAAAUUGAAAUUGAGAAUUUUUUGUUAACCUUUUUAUGAAAUUUUCAAUAUAAAUAAAUAAAACAAACUACAAAAAAGUCAGCUUAAUUACAAUAUAAACAUAAUAGGAUAAUUAUAAUUAGUUUAUUGUUUAGGUAAAAUUAGUUAUACUUUCAUAUUUAGUUAUAUGAUAAAAUAAUCUCUUAGAUUGGGCACUAAUCUAA